CCGGGUGCUGGUGGUGGCGGCGGCGGCGGCGGCAGCGGCGGCCACGGCCGCGGCCACGGCCACUCACGCACGCACGCACACACACACACUCGCACACCCCCUGCGCGGGCACCUGGCUGCCCAGAGCUUAUGAGAGCAGCGCGUCGAGGGGACCGCGGGCUGGAGCCGCCGCUCCCCCCACGCCCCUCGCUGACCACUCCCCCUCCUGCCCCCUCCUCGCUGCUCACCCGGCAGUCGCCAGUGUGGGUGCUCCGCGGCCGGCUCCGCUCCCUUCUGCCGUCUUCUGCUCUCGGCUCCCCACCCCCUCCCUCCCCUCCCCUCCCCUCCCCUCCCCUCCCCUCCCGUACCCUCCCCUCCUCUGCAGCGCCUGCAUUAUCUUCUGCCCGCAGGCUCGGCUUGCACCGCUGCUGCAGCCCGGGGAGGGCUGGUAACUUGUUGUGCGGAGCGAGCGGCGGCGGCGGCGGCGGCGGCGGCACCAUCCAGGCGGGCACCAUGGGCACGUCCGCGCGCUGGGCGCUCUGGCUGCUGCUCGCGCUGUGCUGGGCGCCCCGGGAGAGCCGCGCCACCGGAGCGGGAAGAAAAGCCAAAUGUGAACCCUCCCAAUUCCAGUGCACAAAUGGCCGCUGUAUUACAUUGCUGUGGAAAUGCGACGGGGAUGAAGACUGCGCUGAUGGCAGUGACGAAAAGAACUGUGUAAAGAAGACGUGUGCAGAGUCUGACUUUGUGUGCAACAAUGGCCAGUGCGUCCCCAACCGGUGGCAGUGUGACGGGGAUCCUGACUGUGAAGAUGGUUCUGAUGAAAACCCAGAACAGUGCCAUAUGAGAACAUGCCGCAUAAAUGAAAUCAGCUGUGGCGCCCGUUCUACUCAGUGUAUCCCAGUGUCCUGGAGGUGUGAUGGUGAAAAUGAUUGUGACAGUGGAGAAGAUGAAGAAAACUGUGGCAACAUCACAUGCAGCCCGGAUGAAUUCACCUGCUCCAGCGGCCGUUGCAUCUCCAGGAACUUCGUCUGCAAUGGCCAGGAUGACUGCAGUGACGGCAGCGACGAGCUGGACUGCGCGCCCCCCACGUGCGGCGAGCAUGAGUUCCAGUGCAGCACCUCUUCCUGCAUCCCCCUGAGCUGGGUGUGCGACGAUGACGCCGACUGCUCCGACCAGUCGGACGAGUCCCUGGAGCAGUGUGGCCGCCAGCCCGUGAUGCACACCAAGUGCCCAGCCAGCGAGACCCAGUGCGGCUCAGGCGAGUGCAUCCACAAGAAGUGGCGCUGCGAUGGGGACCCUGACUGCAAAGACGGCAGCGACGAGGUCAACUGUCCUUCGAGAACCUGCCGGCCUGACCAGUUUGAGUGUGAAGACGGGAGCUGCAUCCAUGGCAGCAGGCAGUGCAAUGGUAUCAGGGACUGUGUGGACGGCUCGGAUGAAGUCAACUGCAAGAACGUCAAUCAGUGCUUGGGCCCUGGAAAGUUCAAGUGCAGAAGUGGGGAGUGCAUAGAUAUCGGUAAAGUAUGUAACCAGGAGCAGGACUGCAGGGACCGGAGUGACGAACCCCUGAAAGAAUGUCACGUAAAUGAAUGCUUGGUUAAUAAUGGUGGCUGUUCGCACAUCUGCAAAGACCUAGUUAUAGGCUAUGAAUGUGACUGCGCAGCUGGGUUUGAACUGAUAGAUAAGAAAAUUUGUGGAGAUAUUGACGAAUGCCAAAAUCCAGGAAUCUGCAGCCAAAUUUGUAUCAACUUAAAAGGCGGUUACAAGUGUGAAUGUAGUCGGGGCUAUCAGAUGGAUCUUGCCACCGGCGUGUGCAAGGCAGUAGGUAAAGAACCAAGUCUGAUCUUCACAAAUCGAAGAGACAUCCGGAAGAUUGGCUUGGAGAGGAAAGAAUAUAUCCAACUAGUUGAACAGCUAAGAAACACUGUAGCUCUUGAUGCAGACAUUGCAGCUCAGAAACUGUUCUGGGCUGAUCUGAGCCAAAAGGCCAUCUUCAGUGCCUCAAUUGAUGACAAGGUUGGUAGACAUGUUAAAAUGAUCGACAAUGUCUAUAAUCCUGCAGCCAUUGCUGUUGAUUGGGUGUACAAGACCAUCUACUGGACUGAUGUGGCUUCUAAGACUAUUUCAGUAGCUACCCUAGAUGGGACCAGAAGGAAGUUCCUGUUUAACUCUGACUUGCGGGAGCCUGCCUCCAUAGCUGUGGAUCCACUCUCUGGGUUUGUGUACUGGUCAGACUGGGGAGAACCAGCUAAAAUAGAAAAAGCAGGAAUGAAUGGAUUUGAUAGGCGGCCGCUUGUGACAGUGGACAUCCAAUGGCCUAAUGGAAUUACACUUGACCUUAUAAAGAGUCGUCUCUACUGGCUUGACUCCAAGUUGCACAUGUUGUCCAGCGUGGACUUAAAUGGCCAAGACCGUAGGAUUGUCCUUAAAUCUCUGGAGUUCCUAGCUCAUCCUCUGGCACUAACCAUAUUUGAGGAUCGUGUCUACUGGAUAGAUGGAGAAAAUGAAGCAGUCUACGGUGCCAAUAAAUUCACUGGAUCAGAGCUGGCCACACUAGUCAACAACCUUAAUGAUGCCCAAGACAUCAUUGUCUAUCACGAACUCGUCCAGCCGUCAGGUAAAAACUGGUGUGAAGAGGACAUGCAGAAUGGAGGCUGUGAAUAUCUGUGCCUGCCAGCACCACAAAUCAACGAUCACUCUCCAAAAUACACGUGUUCCUGUCCCAAUGGGUACACUCUAGAGGCAAACGGCCGGGAGUGCCACAGUACUGCAACUACUCUGACUUACAGUGAGACAAAAGAUAUCCACACAACAGAAAUUCCUCCAACUAGUGGACUAGUUCCCAGAGGGAUCAAUGUGACCACAGCAGUAUCGGAGGCCACUGUUCCCCCAAAAGGCACUUCUGCUGCCUGGGCCAUCCUUCCUCUCUUGCUCUUAGCAAUGGCAGCGGUAGGUGGCUACUUGAUGUGGCGGAAUUGGCAGCACAAGAACAUGAAAAGCAUGAACUUUGACAAUCCUGUGUACUUGAAGACUACUGAAGAGGACCUGUCCAUAGACAUUGGUAGACACAGUGCUUCUGUUGGACACACAUACCCCGCAAUAUCAGUUGUAAGCACAGAUGAUGACCUAGCUUGACUUCAGAGACAAGCCUUGACCUUUGAGGUCUAAACCAAUAACCCUCCACUUCGAAAUGGUAACCGAGCCAGCGCCUGAAGUCUUUCUUCCUUCAGUCUGGAAGAACAUCAAGAUAUCUUUACUUGGAUCAAGCUUGUAUACUUGAUCAUUUUUAUAUUACUUUUGUAAAUAUUCCUAUCCACAUUCUACUUCAGCUUUGGAUGUGGUUACCAAGUAUCUAAUCCUUGAGUUUCUAGACAGUAUUGCCACAUCUGGCCAAAUAUGCACUUUCCCUAGAAAGCCAUAUUCCAGCAAUGAAACUUGUGCUAUAGUGUAUACCACCUGUACAUACAUUGUAUAGGCCAUCUGUAAAUAUCCCAGAGAACAAUCACUAUUCUUAAGCACUUUGAAAAUAUUUCUAUGUAAAUUAUUGUAAACUUUUUCAAUGGUUGGGACAAUGGCAAUAGGAUAAAACGGGUUACUAAGAUAAAAUUGCCAAAAAAAUUUGUAAACUAAUUUUGUACGUAUGAAUGAAAUCUUUGACCUCAGUGGAGGUUUGCAAAGACUGAGUAUUCAAACUACUGUACAUUUUUUUUUCAAGUGCUAAAACAAUUAAACCAAGCAGCUUAACCAUGGUUUGUGCCUAUUCCUCUAGGAUAAACUUCUAUCAACGGCCUGAGUAGUAUCAAGCAUUCUAACUAAAUAUGAGCUAGAUAAUAUAGAUGUUGAUGUUGUGUAACUAAGCCUAUAACUUGGCUUCUUACAACCAAGUACUAAAAGAACAAAGUUCCAUGGAAUGAAUAUUUGUUCCCAAAAUAUUUAUUUUAUAAAAGAAGCUAGCUUAGCCUGAACCUAGAAUUCCUCUUGCUUAGAGGCGGGUUCUUUUCUGAUUAAUUUAUUUCCUGAUGUAGAAACUGAUGCUAAGAUUUGUAGCAAUUCUGCUUCUAAUACUUAAGUCUCUGUUUUCUGUGUUCUAUCAUUAUAUGUAGCUCCAGGACAAGUGCCUUCUUGUCCUAGAGCAAAGUGUGUUCGUCUUUUAUAAGCCUAUAUUGCCUACCAUGAAGAGAGCUGGAGAGGUAACAGGUAGUGCCCUUCUUGAACACUCUAAUGUACUAGUUUCUCACCAGGAUUAGCAUCUCCAUCCCCUGGGAACCUGUUAAAAAUGCAAGUUCUUAGGCCCCUUCCCAGACCUGCUGAAUGAGAAACUCUGGGAGGUAGAGUCCAAGAAUAUGUUUUCACAAGCCCAUCAGGUGAUUCUGAUGUCCACUACAGUUUGAAAACCACUGUUCAAAUGGGACCUCAUCGAGAAUCUGUAACAUCUCAUUUUUCAGUUUGGCUGGCAUAGGAUGGAUUCCUUCUGUGGACAAUGUCUGAAAUUCUUAGUAUGAAGAGCAGAUGAGGAAUUUGGGAAGAAAAAGUAGCACAGGGAUUUAGUAAGUUUUCCAUCAGAUUGGCUAUUACUGCCUUUCUCUAAAAUCUCAGGAGGUGAGCAAACAAGAGAAGACAUGAGGCUUGGAGCCCUGGGAAGAUGCUCUAAUUCCAAAGAGAGGUGGGGCAUCUGCUGCAGAAGAUCUGCUUCCUCCUGGGACUCCAUGACCAAGGCAGGAGCAAGAGGAUGAAGAGAUGUUUUGAGUUGCUAAAUGAUCGGUGGAGGAUUCCUAUUCUACUUGCACAUGGAAUAUAAGUAAGGCAGCUGACACCUUGCUUGUGGCUUAGGCAGAGACCACCAAUCUUAGAUGAAGUUGCUUCUGCUAUAUUGUUCCAUAGAUACCCUAUUGUGAUUUUGGUCAAAUGGUUUUUAAAAUGAAAGAAUAGGUGUGUGUGUGUUCGUGUGUUCGUGUGUUCGUGUGUGUGUGUGUGUGUGUGUGUGGUAUGCAAGUCUGGCAUAUAGAAGGAAGAGGCUGUAGCUGUGAAGGUAGGACUCUGUUGUCUACCUGUUGCUUCCUCUUCAAAUAGUCAUUACAAGAAACAGGAUGUGGCCUACUUACAGGGUAUCUGAAGUGCCCAUGUGAUAAGUGGGUUAGUGUUCAUCAUAUCUCAAUUCUGAAGGCCAUUUGGUUGACCGGUACUUUGACCCGGCUAUGAUACAAAACCUACCUAUUUCUUUUUUUAAUUGGAGCAAUACAGAAUUCCCUCCUAGGAAGUUUGAAGAUAGCAGUGUGUUCCCCCAUUACAAGGACUGUAUAGGAUUAAUUAACAUCAAGGCCUAAAUCCAUAGUUUUUAGGAAUAAAAUCAAGCAUUAUUCUCUAUCUUCUCUCUGAUCCCAGUCCCUAUUGUGUUCUUUUAAGUUCUAGGUCCCACUCUCCAACCUUCAAAGAGUCUAAUGUAUUUCCUUCUUUUACCUUGCCCUUCCUCCAGUAAGUAGCCAAGGACAGAAACUCUAACUUAAGAGUUAUAAAAAAUGAAGUAACUAGAUAUUUCUACUGAAAUAAGAAUAGUUAAUAUGGCUAGUCAAUUCAGCAUAUAAUAUUAGUUCAAGAGGAACUAGAGCCUUGGGCUUUAGUAUCCAAAUAAGAGCUGUAAGAAUCCUACAUGAAACAUACUGGUGUAAGUUUGCUAUGUCUGUAGAAUUUACUAGGGAAGGUGACAAUUAGUUAAGAAGUGAAAUAGGGAGCUUAUCUAACACUAAGAAGGAGAUUUGGAGCUCAGUGUGUCAUACAAAGUCACUGAACAUGGGUCCUCCAGAGACUUUAGGAAUUGUUACAAAGAUUGAUAAGAGAUGAGUAAACAGAUUUAUGGCCCUUGGUAAAGAAAUCCAGCCAAGUCCCUGAGUCCAAAUUCUUCAGUGGCCUUUACAAGCUGUUUGGCAAAAAGAAUUCCAGUUGUUCAACAGCUCCCUGAAGACAUUCUCAUAGCUAUAUUAGGGCCAUGGCAUCAUCUUCAAGCCUACAGUGUUCUAUUCUUGAUGAACACAAGGCAAAAAGGGAGUGGGGGUGGGGGGCUUCAACUUCCGCACUUCUGUUCCUGGCAUCUUUGGAAGUCAGAGAGCUCUAAUGAGAGAGAGAGAGAGAGAGAGAGAGAGAGAGAGAGAGAGAGGGAGGGAGGGGCAGGCUUUAGAUAGCAAAACUACAGGGCAUUUAAAGAACUAAUUCUUUAGUUUAAUAUUUAGAAAUGGGAGACCUAACUGAACUAGAAUCCUUGAUUUUAGCAGCAGGGUGACUUGCAAGAAGCAUAUGCACUUUUGCUGUGGUAACUUAGGGCCAAGAAUUUAGAAUACAACCUGCUAAUCUUGAUCACUGAGUUUGAGAGCUCCUCAGUUUCAUAAUCAAGUAUCUAGCCUGACUCUUUGGAAAAAUUGGCAAUUAUAUGUUCAUGUUUCCAUCAUACUAUGGACCUAAACUGUGAGGUUUGGGAAUACAUAGAAAAAGGUUUCAAAUAUACCUUGUUUCCAAAUAUAGUGGACUUUUUUGUGCAUAUACCAUCCUUGCCUGCUUUCACAGAGCAAAGGCUGAAUCAGGAUUAGCAGCGAGGUCCUAUGUGUGUGAAUUUUGGGGAUCCACAGAUAAGUUAUUAAGGAACAGAUGACAGAAGUGUCUCAAUUCUCUAUUUUUUCUCCCAAAUCUAUUGAACUUUUCCAAGCCUGGCUCAUUCAAGAAACAGGAAUGAAGUGGGACCACUCUCUGACAAUCCCCCUGUAAACCUUCCACCCAGAGUCACAGAAGCUGCUGUGGGCUCUGCAGGGGGCCCUGAACACAUCAUCAAUAGUUUUCUUUUUCAUUGUGUGUAAGGGGAAAAUUAGGUGGUCAGCAAGGAGGUUCACAAGCAUGGACCCUGGUGUCAGUUGUGACAUGGUAGCUUGGGCAAGCUACUAAUCCCCUCAGUAAAUGGACAAGAUGGAGACUGUUGCCAUGCCAUGGUGAAGGUUAAGUGAGAAGGCAUAGACGGACUCAGCACCACCAUGUCUGGCAUUUAGUGAGUGCAAGGCAAGUGUUACUGCUGGAGGUUACUCUCGAUCUAUGCCUUUAUUUGUAUUCAUUGUGGCACGAUCUAGAACCUCCUAUGUGACUUUACCAGGAAGGGUUACAGUAACUUGACUCAUUGAGCACAACAAGCAUUAGACCUUGUCCCAAGUGUGUCCCACUACACCUGUCUGAUGAGAUCUAGGUGUGAAUUUCAGGUAGUGAUAUAACCUUUAUACAGUUAAAAAAAAAAAGCUUUAAGGGUUCCAUGAUUUAAACCCUAGACAUUUAGCCUGUGGGUUUCUGUUCCAAUCUUUUGACUUUACUGCCUAGAACAUGGAAAUAAAUAUUUGGUAGCCUACACAGUCUUUGGAUGGUGCUAAAGCAUUUUGAGUUUCCCUUAACAUCUUAAUAGCUUAAUAAUGUGUUAAAUAAGUGCUGGCAUGUAUUUUUUUUUUGAUCUUCACAACAACCCAAGUUGGUAAGUGUCUUCAUUUUAUGAUGUGAAAAUUGAGACCACAGAUAAUAUAGGGAUUCCAAACCCUAUGUGCUUCCUGCCAUGCCCUCUCAGAAAAGGAGGCAGAGAUGUGUAAAGGUUAAGCCAGAUGUCACACUAAAUGUUUGCUGAGUCCCCUUUACUACUGAUAGUAGGGAUCCCUCAGUAGUUUCCCAGUGUGUCAGAAGCCCUAAAUGGCUGGCAUCCAAUAUAGUGGUGUACCAGUAGUAUAACACUAGCAAAACAUUGUUAUGUGUGCCAUGCUUCAAGAUGCCAGACGUUGCAGAAUUAUUCUCCUUGUGAAGUAGAAGUAGAUUACUGGAUUGCAAAGUAAAAGAAAAAGAUCCCCUGAAGGAAUUUAUGGACAGGCAACAUCCCUCCUGUGUACAAAGCUGUAUCAGAACCAAUCAUACAUUGUAAGGUUCUCACAAGACAUACCCAGUAAAACAGGAAUAACUAUGACUUAGGUCAAGUGACUGAUGGAUCUUAGAUAUUCUGGAAUCUACCCCUGAGACCUAGGUAUUUCUCUAUUUAUACACACGCACAGGGAGAAAAGAAUUCUUUGCAUAAAGUGACUGGCUUUGAAAAAAACUACCUUGCCCUUUUAAAAUGUCACUCGAUACCAAAAUGUGAUUUAAGAGCAUGUAAUGCCUUGGGAUUCUAGAGCAUAUGGCUACAUUAUCAUGCUCAGGAUCUUCAGAAUUCUAUAGACACAUGUUGGAAUGCAUCAAGUCCUGCUGACCUGUAGACAAGCAUUUUUCUUUUAUUAAUGAACUGUACAUGUAACUUAAAUAAAAGUUUAUUUUUGAGA